AUGACAGUAAUAGGAAGGGUUGUACAAUUCAGAAUGUUUCGUGUUGCUGCGAGGGUUAAGACAAAUGCGCUAUUAAGCCCUUUAAACAAGCGUUUUGCAAGCUCAAAAGUUAUAGGUAUUGACUUAGGGACCACGAACAGCGCAGUCGCCUAUAUUAGGGAUCCUCUAGAUCUGAACUCCGUAACAAUAAUAGAAAAUGACGAGGGGAAGCGAACCACCCCUUCAGUUGUAGCGUACGAUGCUAAAAGCGAAAAGAUUCUUGUAGGUGACGCAGCUAAAAGACAGGCACUAAUCAACGCUGGUAAUACUUUUUAUGCUACCAAAAGACUCAUAGGAAGACCAUUCCAAGACAAAGAAAUUCAGAAAGACAUUGAGCAUUUACCUUAUAAAGUCGUGGAGAAUCCAACGAAUCACCAAGCAUACCUGUCGACAGCCACGGGGGAGGUUAAGUCUCCCAGUGAAAUUGGAUCAGCGAUCCUAAACUACUUGAAAAAGAACGCCGAGAACUAUCUAAACGAAGAGAUCAACAAAGCUGUAAUCACAGUGCCCGCUUACUUCAACGACUCUCAAAGACAAGCAACGAAAGAUGCAGGCUCAAUGGCGGGCUUGAAAGUCCUUAGAGUCGUAAACGAGCCCACUGCUGCUGCUUUGAGUUUUGGCUUGGACACUAAAGAGUAUUCCGGAAUAAUAGCUGUCUACGAUCUUGGGGGAGGCACAUUUGAUAUAUCAAUUCUGGACAUCGAGGGUGGUGUUUUCGAAGUUCGUGCCACUAAUGGUGACACUCACCUCGGCGGCGAAGAUUUCGACAACAUCUUGGUUCGCCACGUCGUGGAUAAGUUUGUGGAGGCAAACCCCGAACUGGAAAAAGACGACCUUCUCCACAACCGCGAAUUCAUGCAAAGGAUACGGAUAGCUAGCGAGAAGGCCAAGAUUGAUCUUUCUCAUGUCAAAGAAACCAGCAUAGACAUACCUUUCGUUUACCAGAGCAAGCACGUCAAACUAGUUGUGAAGGAGCAUGAAUUAGAUGAUAUGACAAUGUCGCUCAUAAACAAAACCAUCCCACCUGUCAAAAGAGCAUUAAAGGAUGCUGAAAUUGAGCCAGAGGAGGUUGACGAAGUUAUUCUGGUGGGCGGGAUGACCCGCAUGCCAAAAAUCAGAUCCGUAGUAACUGAAACAUUUGGCAAAAAACCUAACACUAGCGUAAACCCCGAUGAAACUGUUGCAUUGGGCGCAGCUAUUCAGGGAGGGGUACUAUCAGGCGAAAUAAAAAAUGUCCUUCUUCUUGACGUCACGCCUCUAACAUUGGGCAUCGAAACGUAUGGAGGGGCAUUUUCACCCUUAAUUCCGCGUAAUACCACUGUCCCAGUCAAAAAGACCGAAGUGUUUAGCACGGGCGUCGAUGGCCAAAACGGCGUCGACAUUAGAGUAUUCCAAGGUGAGAGAGGGCUUGUGAAAGACAACAAGCUGAUUGGCGACUUUAAGUUGGCUGGUAUACCGCCCAUGCCAAAAGGUGUUCCGCAGAUUGAAGUGACUUUUGAUAUUGAUGCUGACGGAAUCAUCAACGUAUCUGCCUCGGAAACCAGCACGGGAAAGAAUAGCUCGAUAACGGUCAUAGCUAAUUCUGGGUUGACUGAGGAGGAGAUUGCUAAGAUGGUGCAAGAGGCCAACGCAAACAAAGAAAUGGACAAUAUUCUAAGGCAGAGAGUCGAGUUAAUCACCAAGGCUGACAUAAUGAUUUCUGAUACCGAAAACACCUUUGAAAGAUUCAAGGAAACUAUAAAUAAGAGCGCAUUGUUCCCUGAAGUUUCUGCGCAGCUUAAAGACGUACGAGAUCUGAUAACAAAAUUCAAGUCAAAUGAAUCAGAUUUGAGCACUGACGUGAAUGAUGUUAAGCGUGCAACAGACGACGUACAAAAGAUGGCUCUAAAACUGUUCCAAGACGCUUCGAAAAAGAACGCCAGCGGAAACUAA